GUCUUUCUAGAGCGGUAUGGCUACCUACACCAGGAUGAGCACACACACAACGCAGCUGAGAUCAACACUGCAGUCAGGGAGUUCCAGUGGCUGUCCCACCUGCCGGUGACGGGGCGUGUGGACAGCGCCACCUUGGGGAAGAUGUCGUCACCGCGGUGCGGCGUGGGGGAUGGGGGCAGCCAGCGCUCCUGGGGGACCAGGGUCAACGCCCUCCUCACCGGGGGUGGGGCACACCUGCGCAGGAAGAGGUACACGCAGACAGUGGUCCGCGAGAGCCCCCAAGUGAUCCGCGAGGCGACCUGCCAGUCUUUCUGA